AUGAUGGUUGUUGAUCUAACGCUCUGCACGGAUGGAGCAAAGGUUGAGAUACGACAGGCUGCCAUGGGUGGUAAUCCGCCUGCCGGAGUUGAUAUCCGGUGUAGCUUUAACCUCGCGGACGAGAUCUCCCGCUCCCUGGGGCUACAGCCGUACGUGGCGAACUUCGUGAACAUCUUGGUGGACAUGAAGCGAGUGGAUCUGAUCAAGGAGAUCGCGGCGGAGUUCGAGCUGAUCGCGAACCGGCUGUCGGAGACGGAGGUGGCGACGGUGGCAUCAAUGGUGGAGCUGGAGCCGCAGCAUCUGGCGGAGAUCGCGAAGCGCGUGCAGAAGCUGAUUGGUGCGAAGAAUGUGAAGCUGAAGACGAUGAUCGACAAGUCGCUGCUCACCGGAAUCACCAUCCGAUAUGGGAAUUCCGACUCGAAAUUGAUCGAUUUGAGCGUGAAGAAGCAACUGGAGGAGAUCGAUGCACAGCUUCAUCUCGGUGACAUUCAGUUAGUCGGAUGA